AAUCUUUCUCCUCCUCAUUUUCUUCAUCUUCUUCCUCCUCUUUUCCUUUGUCUUCCUCAUCCACUUCUUUCUCCUGUUCCUCCUUCCCUUCUCAUCUCUCUCUUCCUGCUCCUAACAUCAGCAUAUUUCAGCUCUGAGAACCAGACUGCUAGGUGGUCAUAAUGUUAUGGCUGACACUGAACCAUGUGACAGGAGUCGGGGGGGGGAUUUGUGUAUUUCUACGUAUUUAAUUCCACUCGAGUCGAGUUUAGUUUUUAAACUAAUGUGACGAGAAGUUUUUUAUCUUUAAUCGUUCACACGCCCUCAUCCGACACAAUGAGCGGGAAACAAAACAAAAACCCACCCACUGCCACUCGAUCCGAGAAAAACCUUGAAAGACAGCGAGCGGGAAGCGGGUGAAGAGGUUAAAAAAUCUCCAGACAAUAGACGGAGGAGACGCUGUUAUUCUGGAGAUACGAGCUCCCUCCAGGGACAUCGGCCGCACAACAAUGAAGCUGUUACAUCACGGUGGUAGUAUUUGUUUGGCUCAGAUUAGCGGCUAGCAUGUCAUGAUUCCUCCAGGCUCCAGGCGUUUAUUCAUUGUUGCUAAUUAGCCUAGCUAGCCUAAAGGCGUUUUAGUGUUACAAUAUCAACGUGCUUCUUUAAAAUUGUGUUUCAUGCCAGUAGGCCAACGAUAUAUAAGUCAGACUUUUAGUUUACAUCUGAGUUUGGUGCAAAUUUUAAGAAAUUCAGAUUUUUUUCCGUUAUUAUCAGAAUCGGAGGUUUUCUGAAGGCAGGGGGCGCUGCAUCUCUGUACGACAACAUUAAUGCACUGCUUUACAUAAAAUGUCUUAUUUAAAAUGACGUCUUUUUUUAGCUAACAUGCUACAUUAGCUACCGUGCUAAUGUUUUGUUUUUCUUUAGCCGGAGUUUCCUUCAAAACAAACGACAUUCUCAUGUUCUUAUUUAUGUAUUUGGUUUUUGAGCGCUACUGAGCAAGCGUUAGCAUGCUAAAAUGAUAAAACAUGAUGAAACACGAAUGAAAAUUCACUGAGAACUGAAAAAAAAAUAUAUUUAAAAAGAUGCUGGCGUCUCCUCUUGAUUAUCGAUGUUUAUGAGGAAAAGCAGCUGAAAGAUGUUUCUGAAAUUAUUGGCCCAGAUUAUGAUUAAACUUUAUUCUAUUAAAUGCACGACUGGUUUUCUCAGCGCCACCAAUUAGUUCGUCUUUGUCAUACGUUUGUUGAGGUUAACAGUUGGUGGCGCUAGUUUUCCGAUAAUUUCUAAAAUCUCUUCAGCUGCAUUUCCUCCAAUGGCCACUAGGCGGCUCCUAGUACACAUUGGUGAUAUUCUAGUGAAGCAUAUUAUUACAAAUAUUUAUAUAUUUUAUCUUCAGUUCUCAGUAAAUUCUCUUUCAUGUUUUAUUGUUUUAGAAUUCAUUUCUCCAAUUCUUUUUUUUCUUAAUGAAUCAGUUAUUUCCGUUAAUUUUCAAUGGAAACUUUAAUACGUUCCUGAGAAAAUGAUUCAUUAGUCUUUCUCUCUUUCUUUCAGGUUCACUGCAUUGCGGCUCCAUUAAUUUACAGAAUUGCUUCACCUGAAAUAACAAAUAGUUUCGUAAAUUCCUAAAAACGUCGGCUCUGACUGGACGUCGGGAUUAUGGGAUUAGAAACUUCAUUUUUCAGAUGAGCCACGAUCAGGUUAAAUGUGAAGCGUAACUUAGCGGAAGUAGCAGCUUAGCUGAGGUUUAAGGUUUGUAUUCAUCUGUAGGUGUGAUGAUUCAUUAACAUUUCAUUCUUUCUUUAUUGCUGCUAAGUUUCAUUGCAUCACUGCUCCAGUUGCUUCGCUGCCCAGAGUUGCGUAAUCUGAAACAAAUACGUAGAAGGAGCAUCAGGCUGGUUGGACACGUUUCUGCUCAGGGAAGUUGUAACCUGGGACUUCCAGGUUUAAAAUCCACGUCCACGUAACAAAAAAGAGGACGUGAUGUCACUGCAGAAGAACAAUCAAAGCACAAAACAGAGGGGGCGGAGGUUGAUGUGUAUAAAGGGACAGGGCACAGAGAGGUUUUCACUACAGCACCUAGCGACAGCCGAGCUCAAGUUCUCCCCGUUCUCCGAAGGACUAGAUCAGUUCUCUGCCUCUCAGCCAUGAAGCUCAGCGUCUCCUCCAGCGUCUCCUCCAGCGUCUCCUGCAUCCUCGUCCUCCUGCCGCUGCUCCUGAUUGGCUGGACCGAACAGGUGGCGUCGCAUCCCCUCAACCAGCCCAUGAGUCAACCUCUGCAGGACGAGCAGACGUACAAGGACGUCCGGGUCGUGUCGCAGCACGCUCAGAAUCUGCAGUCGGAGGAGGACGCCAGCUCCAGACUGAUGCCCAGAGUCAGCACUGACCAGGACCACCUGAAGAUCUGCUGCCUCCACGCCAACAUCCUCGACUACUACCUGAACAACAUCCUCACUCACCAUGACAACCAACAUCCCGACAUGCACCGGCUGAAGACUGACCUCCACCGCGUCAGCGAGGACCUGCAGACCCACGGCUGCAACGUGACUCACUACCACGACCAUCACCACGCUGUUGAGUUCCGCAAGAAGCUCGCCAAGAUGGAGUCCGGGCGGCGCGUCACCAAAGCCGUGGGAGAGAUCGAAAUCCUGUUCACGUACCUGCAGGAUUUCUGCGUCGUGAAGAAGAACUCGGCCUCACGUUAACAACUCGACUGUUUCUACUAUUUAAUUUAUCAUCAUCUUUUUUUACUGACAACUUUUAUACUUCUAUUUAUUGACGUAUUUAAUUGAGAAUAUUUAAGUUGUUUGUUUUUUUUGUUGUUGUACGCACGUAAAAUAUUUAUAAGAUCAGCUGUUGAUCAGUUUAUUGAUCAGAAUGUUUUAAUGCCAGGGCUGGCGUUGGUCACGUUGCCAUGUUAUGGCUCAUUAUUCUGAAAGAGAGUCACAGUAUUUAAAUGUCGACGCUGCACACGGUCGAGGGUCAUGUGACGAACUGCAUGUAAUGAGAUUCACUGUUUCUAAAAUAAAGAAAGAUGAAAUGUU